AUGAAGAGCAGGCAGUUUGUUUUGUUGUUGUGUUUAGUUGGUUUCUGUUUAAUUAGGGUCUGCCAAGCAGGUAAUCUAAGGAAGAAAUUCUACAAGGACACAUGCAGUCGUGCUGAGGACAUAAUCAAGAUUAAGACCUGGCAACAUGUCUCUGCCAAUCUCCAGUUGCCCGCGAAGCUCCUGAGACUGCAUUUUCAUGACUGCUUUGUUAGGGGUUGCGAUGCCUCUGUUUUGAUAAACUCAACAAUAAAUAACACUGCAGAGAAGGACGCAAUUCCAAACCUCUCUUUGUCAGGAUAUGACGUUAUCGAAGAUAUAAAAGCAGAGCUUGAGGCUGAAUGUCCAGGAGUUGUAUCUUGUGCCGAUAUUCUGGCUUUGUCCGCGAGAGACUCGGUUUCAUUUCAAUUCAACCAUACAAUGUGGGAAGUGCUUACUGGUAGAAGAGAUGGCAGAGUAUCCCUAGGUUCAGAGGUCUUGACUAAUAUUCCUGCACCUUUCUUCAACUUCACUCAGCUUAAGCAGAACUUUCAAAACAAAGGUCUCACUGUCCAUGACCUUGUUGUCCUAUCAGGUGGACACACAAUCGGAGUAGGCCACUGCAACCUCUUCAGCAGCAGGCUGUACAAUUUCACUGGAAGAGGAGAUCAAGACCCUUCACUGGACCCAACUUAUGCUGCAUUCUUGAAAACUAAAUGCCAAAGCCUUAGCGAUACAACAACUACAGUAGAGAUGGAUCCUGGCAGUUCUCUAGACUUCGAUACCGAUUACUAUGCUAUUCUGAAAGGGAAUAAAGGUCUCUUCCAAUCCGAUGCUGCCCUUCUAACCAAUAAAGGUGCAAAUAACAUCGUCUCAGAGUUAACUAAUCAAACCAAGUUCUUCACUGAGUUUGCACAAUCAAUGAAGAGAAUGGGUGCCAUCGAGGUUCUUACAGGCGAAGUCGGGGAAGUUAGGAAGAAGUGUGGCGUUAUCAAUUAAUUCUUUAUUAUUAUUUUGUUAAUUUAUGAAUUUUGUUUGUGUAUCGAUUAAAUUGAAGAUAGAAACCUUAUUUUCGAUUAAGGUUUCUAUAAGGGUGUGUCUGGAUCGGGGUCAUAUAAGAUAACAGGGUAAUCUUUGUUUAUUUUGCAAGAUUCCGUUGUUUGAUUUGCAAGUAAUAAAAUAUUAUG